GCGCAGACUGCAGAGAAGCCCCGCGGUAGAACGCGUCGCCCGGCUACCGCCAUCGCGUCGUCUUCUCUAGAAUCGUCAGGGCCGGGCCUGAGCUCCCACCGACGGCACCCCGGGCCCAGUGCAGUCGCAGGUCUCCCCUCCAAUGAUUCAGAAGUCACGCCCGGCGCUGCUGCAGCCUCAAGAUGUCGGAGACAGGGUGGAAACGCUUAUGUUACAGCCCGUGAUCAAAGCUUUCCUGUGUGGCUCCAUCAGUGGGACCUGCUCUACCCUCCUUUUCCAACCCCUGGAUCUCCUCAAAACACGCCUGCAGACCCUCCAGCCCUCAGCCCGUGGAUCCAGACGUGUUGGGAUGUUGGCUCUGCUCUUGAAUGUGGUUCGCACGGAGAGUCUUUUUGGCCUCUGGAAAGGGAUGUCCCCUUCCAUCGUGAGGUGCGUCCCUGGCAUUGGAAUCUACUUUGGCACUCUCUACUCUUUGAAGCAGUACUUCCUGCGAGGCCAUCCCCCCACCGCCCUGGAGUCAGUCAUACUGGGGGUGGGCUCCCGCUCUGUCGCGGGGGUCUGCAUGUCACCCAUCACUGUGAUCAAGACACGGUACGAGAGCGGGCGGUACGGCUAUGAGAGCAUCUACGCGGCCCUGAGGAGCAUCUAUCACAGCGAGGGGUACCGGGGUCUCUUCAGUGGCCUGACAGCAACGCUCCUUCGUGAUGCUCCCUUUUCCGGAAUCUACUUGAUGUUUUACAACCAGACCAAAAACAUUGUGCUUCAUGACCAGUUGGAUGCAGUCCUUGUUCCCGUUGUAAAUUUCAGUUGUGGGAUAUUUGCUGGGAUUCUGGCCUCACUGGUAACUCAACCUGCAGAUGUUAUCAAAACUCACAUGCAGCUCUCCCCAAUGAAAUUUCGGUGGAUUGGCCAGGCAGUGACACUCAUUUUCAAAGAUUAUGGGCUGCGUGGCUUCUUCCAAGGCGGCGUCCCCCGGGCCCUCCGCAGAACUCUGAUGGCAGCCAUGGCGUGGACAGUCUACGAAGGGAUGAUGGCCAAGAUGGGCCUGCAGUCCUGA